ACCUUUGACCUACAUUCCGCUCGUUUCGCCGAGAGAUCCCAGUCGUAGGCUUGCAUUGUUGACAACGCGAAAAUGUACCUUGCGUCGAUCGUAGGUCACUGCCGUCAGCAGUAACACUGAUGACAGUAUCAGGUGUAAUAUACCAAAAUAAUAGACGUCCAUAUUGUUUCAAAAUCAUCUCGUAUGGAUUGAGCAAGUCAGAACUUGACACGCCCAUGCAGAAGUGAACAUGACCUAAGAGUGUGUAUAGCCCUUAUUGACUGGCAGAACACAAUGUCAGGAGAUGUGGUGCAAUGUCGUAGCAGUGUUGCGCCGAGAGAUUCUGUUUUCUGAGUCGUUCUACGUACAACUGUGGAUCUAAACGCUGCAGAAACAACAUGGCGCGGAGCAACCUGCCAGCGUCCAAUCCCUUGAAACUCAACACAUCUGUAGCAAGACAACAGGUUCAUUCACGCAGCCCUUCAACUAAACCUCACAGCCCAACGACAAAGACGAUAGAGGAACAGUUUUUGACAUGUCCGAUAUGUUUAGAGAUGUACAGUCACCCCAAGUGCCUGCCAUGUCUCCAUACCUUCUGCCGCCACUGUCUAGACUCCUACAUAAAAUCUAAAAAUGAAGUGGAAAUGAAAAUGAAAAAGGGUUUUCCUUGUCCAGUCUGCAAACAGUUCCACUUUCUCAAAACCUGGCAGACUCCUUUGCACAGAUGGAUAGAAGAGUUCCAGAACAAUUUCAUGAUUCAGAAAAUGAUUGAUUACGUUCUUUCCAAGUCCAAACCAGGUACUAGUGACACCUCCUCUGCCUCUGGGAUCAAGCCGCAAGUAUCAAGACCUACAGUGAAUUUUGUUCCACAAGAAGCAGCCAAUCCAAAAUACAAUCCAGCUGUUCCUCAAAGAUUAAUGCCAUCCGCCCCGACCCUGCCAGAAUAUGGCCCACUCACUUCGCAGGACAUCACCGAUCCUUCACUGAAUCUGUCUUUCCUUUCUCCUAUACGGCGGACAUUUGGAGCCCAUGGUAUUGGUUCUAGUAACAACUCACCGUUUGGUCAAAGUGACAAUUCAUCUGGUCAUGUGACAACACAAUGGGGUGCUAUCCGUCCUUCCAGCAGUUUCCGUGAAUUAUCUCAGUUUGUCGACUUACCGGGGGGACCCUUGAGUGCAAGAAGUUCCAGCUCGAAUGACUUAAGCCGGGGUGAGGCGCCUGUUAUAUACGUAGAUGCAAACACAAUGGAGAGAGUGAAUGUCUACCCAAACUACCAUGGCAGUGGCUACUCGGAUGUGUGUUGCCUUCCUAAAGCAAAAACUAUCAUUGUGACAGACUACAACAAACAGAGAGUCGUUCUUUUCGAUGGUUAUUUCCCUAGUAAUAGAACAUCCUCCAAGGUCAAGGUUGGAGGCAGACCAAGCUCCAUAUCCCUGCUGAAUUCAUCAGAAAACUGUGUCGUAGUCAAUCUCCAGAAUAAGGGCCAAAUAUUCCUCAUCUCCAUCCCAGAUUUGAAUAUCCUUCAUGUCUUGCGGACACAGCACAACUACCAGAGUGUCGCGAUGUUGGCUUUCGAUACUCUCCUAACAGGGUCUUCUGAUAGACCAGCGAGAAUAGACCAGAUUAAGAUUAAACACAGUACUUCUGAGGUGUCAUCAUCCCAAGAUUGUCUAUUUAAAAAUAGUGAAAGUUCCUGGACGAUAGCAGCACCAAGUCACAUAUGUGCCUUAUCGGAAGACAAGUUUGUGGUGGCUGAUACAGUCAAGAAAAGCCUGAUCGGCUUUGAUAUAAAAACUGAAAAUGGAAGGCUAGUCGGUCAGAAGAGCUUUUCCCUUACCCCUUCUCGUGACCGGAGGUUCCGGUGUCCUGGCGGGAUGUGCCUCAACACCUCUCCCGGCAGCUUCUACGUGGUUGACUACAGUGGCAAUGCAGUGUUUUGCAUAUACCCAGGGGACACUAUAAGAUGUGAAAAGGUCCUUUGUGAGAACGAUGGUAUCAUGAGACCAUCCUCUGUGUGUUUAGGUCCCGGGGGGUUCCUGUGUGUGGUUGACUGGGAAGGUACUAUCUCCCUGUACAAACGGAGGUCCUGAUUUAUCUGUUUACCCAUAACAUUGGUGGCUAUGCUCCCACGAUGGUCACUGUGUAAGCCUGUGUUGUGACCUGCUUUUUAAUGCAAAUUGUCCUCGUGGCGGAUGCUUCCGGUACGACAUGUUUACACUUUUAGCGAACACCUGGUGUCAUCACUGAUUUUCUGUGAUCCGUCCAUAUGAUUUUCACCGAUGUCUUGCCGUUUAUGUUCGGCAGAAAAUCAAGACUGUUGGUAGACCCACUUGAACAGAGGGAAACAGUUGUUUGCGGUUUGUGUUGGGAACUGCUCACCCAAACACACCCCUUGCUAUACCACUUGCACAUGUUCUUUUUGUAAAUCUCAUGCUUUUCAUGCUCUGUAUGUGACAGACGAUGUUGAACAGUGUAACAUUAUGAGUUGACAUAUAAUCGUUGUGGGACAAAGACGUCCAUAGGACUCCAGUCAGGAGAUUGCUUUUGCUUAUAUUAGGAAGAACUUCCAUUAUCGGGAAGUAAAUACCACUUUAUGAUUAAGUGGUUAAUUAUUCACACUUUCUGUGAGUAUAUAGAAAAAGUGUAUUUUGGGGGAUUUAUUUAUUGGCGUAAAGAAGGUUUUGUGUUUUUGUCUUAUUAAAUUUCAGACAUGCUC